GAAGGGAAGGGAUCGGAGUCCUCCAGGGCAAUACAUGCCCCCACUCCAUAGUCCUUCCUGCCUGGCUUCGGAGUUGGGGGUGGGAGAUCAUCAAGGGGCCCUUAUGGGAUUUGGACUUGCUAGCACCUCACAUUAGGACAGACAGAAAUUGGCAGAAGAACAAAGACUUCCUGGGAUCACCGAUGGAGGAGGAAAAUUCCAAAGGACUUGAAGCAGGAGGUGGCCAGGAUGCCAUCGAGACUCGGAACAGCAGAGGGUUCUGGGAGAACACAGGGACUAAGGACACCUUCAUCUCGUAUGUUCAGCCCCAGUGUUUCAGGCAUUUCCUUUGCCAGAAGGCCAAAGGCCCUCGGGAGGUCUGCAGCCAACUCCACCAUCUUUGCCAUCAGUGGCUAAAGCCAAAACAACACACAAAGAAGGAGAUCCUGGACCUAGUGAUCCUGGAGCAGUUUCUGACUGUUCUUCCACAAGAGAUGAAGCACUGGAUAAGGGAAUGUGGAGCAGAGGCCAGCUCCCAGGCAGUUGCCCUGGCUGAAGGUUUCCUCCUGAGCCAGGCAGAGGAGAAGAGGCAGGAAGACUGGCAGGGGAAGGUUCCAUUUGCAGAGAUGAGCACUGAUUUCUCUGACAAUGAGAGGACUCCACCAGACACCAGAAAGUGUCCAUUGGGUGAUGGGAUGAUGCUGGAAAGACCUCCUUGCCCAACUUCUCUUCACGAAGGAGGGGAAUCGACUUCUGUGAUACCGGAUCAGGGUACAGCAUCCUUUGAGGAUGUGGCUGUGCAUUUCACAGAUGAGGAGUGGGCAUUGCUGGAUCCUGACCAGAGAGCUCUGCAUAAAGAGGUCAUGGAGGAGACCUGUAGGAUCAUGGCCUCUCUCCAAGGUGACGGAUUGGAAACCAAUAAUAAAGGACACCACGAUAAUGUCUACGCAGUGGGGGAGCAGAAUGUAAAUUUGGAGAGUGGAGCGAGAUUCAGCCAGAGGCCCCAAGAAAAAACGGACAGUGGGAAGAAGCAGUACCAGUGCUUGCAAUGUGGGAAAAACUUUAGCAGGAAGUCAAAUCUCACUAGGCAUGAAAUAAUUCAUUCAGAAGAGAAACCGUACCAAUGCUUCGACUGUUGUAAGAGCUUUAAAAGAAGCACAGACUUCCUUAAACAUCAAACAUUUCACACAGGGGUAAAACCUUAUCAGUGCUUGGAAUGCGGAAAGUGCUUAAGUCGAAACAACCGUCUCACUUCCCAUCAAAGAAUUCAUACAGGGGAGAGACCAUAUCAAUGUUUGGAAUGUGGGAAGAGCUUCAGUAUGAUUGACAGCCUGACUACACAUCAAAGAAUCCAUACAGGGGAGAAACCAUAUCAGUGCUUGGAAUGUGGGAAGAGCUUCAACUUAAAGCAUAAUCUUACUUCCCACCAGACACUUCACACAGGAGAAAAGCCAUUUCAAUGCUUGGAAUGUGGAAAGAGCUUCACUCGGAACGACCGCCUCACUUUCCAUCGGAGAAUUCAUACGGGGGAGAAACCCUAUCAGUGCUUGGAAUGUGGGAAGAGCUUCAGUUUAAAGGUAAAUCUCACUUCCCAUCAAACACUUCACACAGGGGAAAAGCCAUAUCCCUGCUUGGAAUGUGGGAAGAGCUUCAGGUUGAAGCAAACUCUCGCUUCCCACCAGACGCUUCACACGGGGGAAAAGCCGUAUCAGUGCUUGGAAUGUGGGAAGAGCUUCAGGUUGAAGCAAAUUCUCACGUCCCAUCAAACGCUUCACACGGGGGAGAAACCGUUUCAGUGCUUGGAAUGCGGAAAGCGCUUCAGACGGAGCUACCACCUCACGGCUCAUCAAAGAAUUCAUAACGGAAAGAAGCCGUAUCAGUGCUUGGAAUGUGGACGGCGCUUCAGUCAGAGGGCCUCUCUCACCUCCCAUCAAGCAAACCAUGAUGGAAUCAAACGAUGAAAGGACCUGUCAUAGGUCCUGACAGGGUUGUGUUGCAUGGUGUGCAUCUGAAUGGACAGGUGUGUCCAGCUCUCUCAUAUAUCUCUGUACCUUUGGUUUGGAGUUCUGCUGUCCCCACAAAUAACCUCUACCAGAAAGACUACAGCAUUUCUCUCAGUCCUCCUUUUCGUCCAUUUCCAGCAAGGCAUGAAGAAGGGUAUUCCAUUGGAGCUUUGAGCUACCCCAACCAAUACAAAUCUGGGAUUCAAGUACUAUUUUGGGCCAAUGUAUCCUUACAGAGAAGGGAGGGGGUCUCCCUGCAUGAGUGAGAGGCAUAACGCCUUUAUUUCAUUGUACUGUACCAUUAUUUCCUACGAGUCCCUCUAGGUUUACUAUUCUGUUCACAUUUCUAAGUUUGAAGUUGAAAGGAGAUGCCCCUUUUUAGAAAUGACAGAAUGGUUAUCUUGUAUUUUUCCUGUUUCUUGAGUUUUCCUUUGGAGAACGAUAAUACAGUAUUGACCCUGGAGAUCUCCAUUCUUCCUUUUGAUAGGAAAGAUACAGUGCUGUAUAGGGAAGCUUUUAAAUGUGUAAUGUUUUAUAUGUUGGAAGCCACCCAGAGUGGCUGGGGCAACCCAAUCAGAUGG